CGAAAUAGCGGUGGAUGCACAUGUAUUUCAAAGUUGUCUGUCAUAUUAACCCGAUUUCACCGAUUUUAUAGACGACUGGGAGCUUCGAAGUCAAGUAUAACAUUCUAGAGUCGCUCUCUGGACAGAAUUUCCUGCUGUGUGCCAUAAUACUAGCAUUCCAUUGCCUUAGUGAAUAUGCCUUCUGAAGCCGCGAAAAAACGCCAGGCUAAAAAAAAAGAAGCUGCAAAGCAGAGGCAAAGGAAAGGGAAGGCUGAAGAAACAGAUGUAAAGAAUGGAGAAAGCAAUGGCACUCAAAAUGGCUCCAAUGGUGUCAAUGGUGCUGCAUCAUCGCUGGCUGCAUUAGAUAUUAAUACUGGAAGAUCAGUGACUGGUGUAUUAGCAUCCCAUCCACGUAGUAGAGAUAUUAAAAUUUAUAAUUUCUCUGUCACGUUUCAUGGUGUGGAGUUGUUGGCAGACACAAAAAUAGAACUGAACUGUGGGAGGCGGUAUGGUCUUGUCGGCUUGAACGGAUCCGGAAAGUCUACCUUUCUAACAGCACUCGGUCUUCGUGAAGUUCCAAUACCUGAUCACAUAGACAUUUUCCAUCUUACCAGGGAGAUAUCGGCCAGUGAUAAGACAGCAUUGCAGUGUGUGAUGGACGCAGAUGCAGAAAGAAACAGACUUGAGAAAGAAUCAGAGGAGAUUGGACAUCUAGAGUCUGAAGCCGAUAGACUAAUGGAAAUAUUUGAACGUCUUGAUGAACUUGAUGCUGACAAAGCUGAAAUGACAGCUGCUAGUAUACUUCAUGGAUUGGGAUUCACACCUGAAAUGCAACUCACUGCCUGUAAGCACUUCUCUGGAGGUUGGAGAAUGCGGAUAGCACUCGCCAAGGCACUGUAUAUAAAACCUCAUCUACUAAUUCUAGAUGAACCCACAAAUCAUUUAGACUUGGAUGCGUGCGUGUGGCUUGAGGAAGAAUUAAAAGACUAUAAACGUAUAUUGGUGCUAGUAUCGCAUUCACAAGAUUUCCUGAAUGGUGUUUGUUCCAAUAUUAUACAUUUACAUAACAGAAAAUUACAGUAUUAUGGUGGUAACUAUGAUACGUAUGUGCGAACCAGGUUUGAGCUUGAAGAGAAUCAGAUGAAGCGGUAUAACUGGGAGCAGGCUCAAAUAGCCCACAUGAAGGAUUACAUAGCCAGGUUUGGUCAUGGUAGUGCCAAAUUGGCCAGACAAGCACAGAGCAAAGAGAAAACAUUGAGUAAAAUGGUAGCUGGUGGGCUAGCUGAUAGAGUGGUUGCAGAUAAGACGUUAUCAUUCUACUUCCCUGACUGUGGUAAAGUUCCUCCUCCUGUCUUGAUGGUUCAGAAUGUCAGCUUCAAAUAUGGAGACGAUCUGCCUUUUAUUUACAAGAAUUUGGAGUUUGGUAUUGAUUUGGAUUCCAGGGUCGCACUUGUUGGCCCUAAUGGUGCCGGAAAAUCAACACUAAUCAAAUUGCUUCUCAGUGAACUCUCACCGUCAGAUGGUCUUGUGAGGAAGCAUCCUCAUCUGAGAAUUGGCAGGUUUCACCAGCACUUGCAAGAAGCUCUUGAUUUGGAAUUGAGUGCUUUGGACUACAUGAUGAAAUGUUUCCCUGAAAUAAAAGAAAAAGAAGACAUGAGGAAAGUCAUUGGUAGAUAUGGCUUAACAGGAAAACAGCAGGUAUGUCCAAUGCGCAAUCUCUCGGAUGGUCAGCGUAGUAGAGUUAUAUUUGCAUGGAUAUCAUCGCAAACUCCCCAUCUACUGCUACUUGAUGAACCUACCAAUCAUUUAGACAUUGAGACCAUAGAUGCAUUGGCAGAUGCUAUAAAUAACUUUGAAGGUGGAAUGGUUCUAGUUAGUCACGACUUUAGACUCAUAGGACAGGUUGCUAAAGAAAUCUGGGUGUGUCAAAAACAGAAAGUGACAAAAUGGAAAGGAGAUAUCCUAGGCUACAAGGAUAAUUUGCGAGCCAAAGUUUUGAAAGCAAAAGCCAAGGCAAAAUAAAUCUCAACUCUGUUCUGUCCAAUGCUUGAAGACUGCACCACCGAGGUGUAAACUGAUAACUCAUGUGGCAUCCAUCCAAUGAUAAUAUGUAUUCAAUUCACCAUGAAUUUUGUCCUUUCCCUGACCUUGUCCCACUUGUUGCAUCAAAUAUUUCACACCAUAUACACAAUAAUUGUUUUAGAAUAGUCUUGAUUAGCAGUCAAUUCCUCCUGAGCAGGUUGAUGAUAUGGAUCCAAUAAUGUGCAUCCCCCUACUUCUUUAAUAUAUUUAUCAAGUAUUCUUUCUUUAAUUUAAUAGACAUAAAACUACAUUUUAUUCAAUCCUAAUAACUGCAUUGCAUCUUGGCUUAGGUGAAAGGUUUGUAACACAAUUUUACACAACUCUUCUCUCUAUUUCAAUUUCUAAGAUCAAUUUCUGCGCUUUGUAUUCCUCGAUUGAAAAAAUAUUACAAUAGUCUCAGAUUAGCCACACUUAAUGAUACAUUUUAAAUUAUUUUAUUCUUGAGACAUUGAGCUUCCUAGUUACAUUAAAACAUGUACAAUUCACUAUCUUUGUUGAAAGUAGAAUCGGUGUUUGACUAGAGUACCACCACCACCAUAUUUAAGUCUUGCUGCAUUCAUAUUAUGAAACUCUCCCUUCUUUUUUUUUUCUGAACAGAUUUUAUUAAAUUAUUUCCACAGAAGCGUAUUUUAUUAUUUUUGAUAUACUCUAUUUAUUGUGCUCUAAGAGUCUUAUCAUUGUGUAAAAUAUUCAGGUGUGGUUUUAAGAAUCUGGGUUGUAUCAACCAAAAUAAUGCUUCAAUGAAAUAAAAGAUGUAUUGAUUCAGAA